AUGGCUGUCGACGCAAGCAAGACUAUUGUAGUCGUCACGGGUGCAAACAGAGGUAUUGGGCUUGAAAUUGUGAAAGCACUCCUCAAGACAGAACCCUCGAGCUCUAGCAAUGGCGGUGCUCCAUACCACGUUUAUCUUGGAACACGGGAUCUCGAGAAGGGAAAAAAGGCAGCCGAAUUCCUGACGGCUGAUUAUGGAAACACUGUCUCUGCUUUGCAGAUCGACACCACAUCAGCCCCAUCCAUAUCCUCAGCAGUGUCAACCGUCGAGUCCGAAGUUGGUCGCAUCGAUAUUCUCAUCAACAACGUCGGCAUCAUAUACGAGGAAAAGGACCGGAUCAGCAACCUACGGACGACGUUGGAAACCAACGUGGUGGCCACAUAUGCCGUCAGCGAGGCUUUCAACCCACUGCUAUUGGCACAACCCUCACAAGGCAAAAAGACCAAGCGCAUAAUCAACGUGACCAGUGACUUGGGCUCCAUCACCUGGAGAAGCGACUCUAGUAACUAUGCCUACUCGCUGCUCUAUUCGGAAUAUCGAAUGAGCAAAGCGGCUCUCAACAUGAUGACGGCUUGUCAGUCCUUCGAGUUGAAGGAGCACGAUGUAAAGGUCUUUGCCUUUAACCCAGGGUACACGGUCACGGAAUUGGCUGGUCCGGUGGAGCUGCGACGAGAACAAGGCGCAUGGGAAGCAGAUGUCCCAGGAAAGGCUUGUGCGAAAAUUGUGGCGGGUGAGAGAGACCAUGAAGCCGGAUUGAUGGUUCAGGUAGAAGGAACGGUGCCCUGGUAG